AAAAUGGCAGCCAAAGCACUGGAGAUUUUAAAGAUUAACAGAUUAUUAUAGAUUAUUUUCAAGGGUGUACGGGAUUAUUUGGAGUUGCGGACCCCUCGACUAUCAACCAGUGGAGAGGAGUGGUCACUCCACUGUACGGGUAGGAGACUACCUGUACAUCAUGUGGCACUAAUAUUCUUGAGAAGGACUCCAAUUUAGAGUUAAGUAUGUUGGAUCUGAGAAUGUUAACAGGAGACGUGGUGAUGCUGAAGCCGCUAGAUACUGCCUACCUACUUUGAGAACGGCUAGUAAGAAUAUGAGAGCUCACAAGCCAAAAGCAGUUUUAGGUCUUAACCUGAAAGGAGUAUCACUUUAUGAUGAGAGAUCAAAGUCUAUAACUCGUGUCCCAGUGGAUAAGGUUACUUAUGUAACUCUUGAUCCUGAGGAUCAGUGCUACUUUGGAGUUAUCAUUCAAACUAAGGAGUCCCACACUGGAUUUAGACUCUACUGCUUCAAGGCUGAGAGACCAAUAGCUGUUACAUUUGUCAAUUCAUCUCGUGAGUUAUUUGAUCUUAUCAUGAAGUUACGUCAAGCAAAGAAGAAGAUGAAGGAGGAAAGAGAAGAAGCAGAUAAAGCACCUCAAGAUCCUGAUACUAGUAACCUACCAGCUGAGAAUGCUCCUCCUCCUUCUUAUACUUCAGUUUCCAAAGCUCCAGACCGUCCACCUCCUCCUAUGCCAAAACAAGCUCCUGCUAUGCCCCCACGCCCACAAGAGGCAGACAUAUUCUCAUUUGGUAAUGAGCCCCCACCUCCAACUUUUGAUGACGUCUAUGAUGUAAGCAGUGGAGCUCUUACUAGUCUGUACGGGAAUCAGCCUCAAGCCCCGCCUACAUUUGCCCCACCCCCACAACCAAACCCGUUUGGUAUGGCCGGCCAGCCCCCUCCCCCUAAUUACCCACCCCCUCCUGUACAGGAACCCUCCAUUACGAUGGAUCUUAUGGACGCUAUACGUAAUCCACAGCAAAGCACAACCACUGCUUACCUGAUAGGUAUGGGAAUGAGAAUGCCUGGUUUGGGAAUGGGACCUCCUGCCGGUUUACCAGCUGACCUCCUACUAGACAGCAAUUUCUCUCAGCCACUCCUACCUACUAAUACCGGAGGAGCUGGACCCCCAGGAGGUGGACAGCCCCCUCAGGGGGCCGGGGGCAAAAUUGAUGCAUUCUCUGAUCUGGUCUCAAUAGCUCGUGACAAAACAACAUCAAAACCUGAACCGGCCCCUCCCACAAUAUUCCAAUCCCCACCCACUAACACAGAAACUUCACCCCCUCUACCAUACCGUCCACCUGAUUUAGACUUCACUGAUGCCCCGCCCACUACUUCUGGCCCCGCCCCUUCUGGGUUUGACAAUACUUUUGGUGCAUUGCCCCCUGCCCCCGGGACGGGGGGGUGGUUUUGGAGGUGGUAUGGAUAUGUUUGGUGA